GAGGAGGCGCCUCACGUAGCCUCUCCUCAAGAUGGCCGCCGCUCCUGAGCGACCUGCGGAGGAGGAGGAGGAGGAGGCGCCGGCGGCCCUGAGGAGCCCCUGAGGCGGAGGUCGGCAGCCGUCCGUCCCGGGCUUCCAUCCCUUUUCGGUGGAGGUUUCUGGGCUGCCAAGGCUUGGGCCCCAGCAGCAACGCCAUGCGGCGGGGCUAAGAGCCGGGGCUUGCUUCCACCUCGAGUUAAUAAUGUUAGCAGAGACCAGUCUUUCCAUAUGGGGAUGGGGAAGCCUUUGUGUUGUGCUUUUUCUGAUAACAUUUGGACCAUUUGCUAUAUUUUAUUUCGCAUUUUAUAUCCUCUGCUUUGUGGGUGGGGGCUUUGUGGUUACACUCUUAUUUGGAAAAACAAAUUCAGAGAAGCAUCUUGAACAGUGUGAACACUCCUUUCUUCCUCCUACAUCAUUUGGCAUUACUAAGUGCAUAGAAGAAAUGAAACAAGAAAGCAAGCCUAUUAAGAUUGAUAGGAGGCUGACUGGUGCCUAUAUAAUUGAUGAACCUCUUCAACAAGUUAUCCAGUUUUCUCUGCGUGACUAUGUCCAGUAUUGGUAUUAUACACUAAGUGAUGAUGAAUCUUUUCUUCUUGAAAUCAGGCAGGCUCUGCAAAAUGCACUAAUUCAAUUUUCUUCUAGGUCAAAAGAAAUAGAUUGGCAGCCAUAUUUUACUACCCGACUUGUAGAUGACUUUGCCACUCACCUUAGAGUAUUCAGAAAAGCUCAGCAGAGGAUAACUGAAAAAGAUGAUCAGAUUAAAGAUGGAGCAGAAGAUCUUGUAGAUACAUUUUUUGAAGUUGAAGUUGAAAUGGAAGAGAAAAUAUGCCGUGAUCUAGUCUGCACAUCUCCCAAAGAUGAAGAAGGAUUCCUAAGGGAUCUGUGUGAAGUUUUACUGUAUUUAUUGCUACCUCCUGGAGACUUCCAGAAUAAGAUCAUGAGAUAUUUUGUCAGGGAAAUCCUUUCUCAAGGAAUUCUUCUUCCAUUAAUAAAUCAACUCAGUGAUCCUGAUUAUAUUAAUCAGUAUUUCAUAUGGAUGAUCCGUGAUUCAAUUUGCAACUAUGAGGCCUUUAUGAACAUUGUUAAAGUAAGUGACAAAAUAGGGGAGUUAGAAGCAGUAAGAGAUAAAGCAGCAGAAGAACUGCAGUAUCUUCGAUCCUUGGAUACAGCUGGAGAUGAUAUCAACACUAUAAAAAAUCAAAUAAAUAGCUUAUUGUUUGUGAAGAAAGUAUGUGAUUCAAGAAUACUGAGGCUGCAGUCAGGAAAAGAAAUAGAUACUGUGAAACUGGCUGCAAACUUCGGAAAACUUUGCACAGUCCCUCUGGACAUCAUUCUAGUAAACAAUGUUGCACUACAAUUUUUUAUGGAUUACAUGCAGCAGAUGGGAGGCCAAGCACAUCUCUUUUUCUGGAUGACAGUAGAAGGAUACAGGGUUACAGCGCAGAAACAGCUGGAAGUGUUGCUCAGCCUUCAGAAAGAUGGAAUGCAUCAGACAGCACAAACCAAAGGCCUUUUAAGAACAGCUGCAGUUGGAAUUUAUGAUCAGUAUUUGUCAGAGAAGGCAGCUCCAAGAGUAAGCAUUGAUGAUGCCUUGGUAGCGAAGCUGGAGGAAAAACUGAAUAAUGAAGACCCAACACCUGAAAUCUUUGAUGAAAUUCAGAGAAAGGUAUAUGAGCUGAUGCUACGGGAUGAAAGAUUCUAUCCAUCAUUCAAACAGCAUCCACUUUAUGUGCGAAUGCUUGCUGAACUAGAUAUGCUAAAGGAUCCUAGUUUCAGGGGAUCAGAUGAUGGUGAGGGAGAAUCCUUUAAUGGUUCUCCUACAGGCAGCAUUAACUUGUCAUUGGAUGAUCUUUCAAAUGUGCCUGCUGAUGAGUCCAUACAACUACAUGCAUAUAUUUCAGAUACUGUCUGUGCUGAUUAUGACCCAUAUACUGUGGCAGGAGUUUGCAAUGACCAUGGAAAGACAUAUGCAUUAUAUGCUAUUACUGUUCGCCGUCGAACUCCAAACGGUGAUGAAGUAUGGAAGACGUAUCGUCGCUACAGUGACUUCCAUGACUUCCACAUGAGGAUCACUGAACAGUUUGAAAAUUUAGCAAAUUUAUUGAAGCUUCCUGGUAAAAAAACAUUCAAUAACAUGGAUAGAGAUUUUUUAGAAAAAAGGAAGAAGGAUUUAAAUGCAUACUUGCAGCUUUUGCUAGCUCCUGAGGUGAUGAAAGCUUAUCCUGCUUUAGCAAUUUAUGUGUAUGACUUCUUAGAAAAUAAGGCAUACAAUAAAGGAAAGGGAGAUUUUGCUCGGAAGAUGGACACAUUUGUAAACCCACUGCGUAACUCUAUGAGAAAUGUUUCAAAUGCUGUCAAGUCCUUCCCUGACAGCUUCACAGAGGGGAUGACUAAAAUGUCAGACAACAUGGGCAAAAUAUCAGAAAGAUUGGGACAAGACAUAAAGCAAUCAUUUUUCAAGGAACCUCCCUUAAUGCAGAAGUCAUUUGUUGAUCCUAAACACUGCCGUGUUGCAGCACACCUUGAUGACAAUGUGGAUGACAAUGUUCCUCUUAAAAUAAUGCUGCUACUCAUGGAUGAAAUCUUUGAUCUAAAGGAGAGAAAUCAGUGGUUACGACGAAAUAUCAAAAACUUGCUCCAGCAGCUGAUUAGAGCAAUGCAUGGAUAUACAAUAAAUAAAAAAAUAGUUGAUCAUGUUGAUUGGAUGACAUCUCCUGAACAAGUAGCAGAUGCAGUUAAACGGUUCAGAGAUGCCUUUUGGCCAAAUGGCAUUUUGGCUGAAGCUGUUCCCCGCAGAGACAAUUCAAUCAGAAUGCGAACAAGAAUUGCUGGAAAAACAAAAUUACUGGGGAUAAUGCCAGACGAAUUGAAGCAUAUCCUAGGUGCUGAGACAACAAGGAAAGGCAUUCUCCGAGUCUUUGAAAUGUUUCAACAUACUCAACUAAACAAGCGGCUGGUAUAUGUCUUUCUGGAGGGCUUCUUGGAAACUUUAUUUCCAGUGUAUGGAUUUCCAGAUCUCUUCAAAAAACUGCAUUCAAGUUCAAAGCAGAUGCAGCAGUACAUGCAUAGACUACAAUCUACACAAACACCUUUUUUACAGAAAAGGUGACACUCCAAACUUAGUAAUGGGUGUCUAUUUGCCCAGGACCUGGGUAGAUUCUCUGGGGCUUAAAACUCUCUCAUGCUGUUAUUUCUGCACCAGUCUUUUAGUGUCACAUAAUAGAUUAUUAAUGCAUCCAUAAGAGAUGUGGUUCUUCUCAUUCGUCAUCUCUAAGGCAACCACUUCCAUGAAUGGGAUUAAUGUGUCUUAAAUGAUUUGGUGCAUUUUCAUGCAACAUUGAGAAUACUAGCCCGCUCUGUAAGAAUGUGUUUCUUCUCCACUCCUGACAGAAUCUAUGAAUGCCAGCAAUGAAAUGUGCUAGACCUUGUCCACUGAGGCAUAAGUAAAGCACAACUAUGGUGAUAGCAAUGGAGGAUUUGGCUGCUGUCCUUGGAACUGGGAGAUUGUGCAAUGUGAGAAUCAGGUGCGAUUUGAUUUGCAUUAUGACUGUUGAGGCUUGUAUAUCUCAGCAGGUCCGAAAAGGCUGAGCUAGCAUGAAGAGAAGUCUUGUGGAACAGAUAGCUCUGAGAACUGUUAUAAUUUCCCCCAAACUAUAUUUGCUAACUAAAGAUUGAGGCAAUUAUAUGGGUUUUGCACAUGACAUCAUCUACCUGAGUUAAAAACAAAAACUAAUCUAAUCUAAAUGAAUUAUCUUGGUUGGGCUUAUUAUUCACUGGGGCAGAAGUACAGAAAAGUAAAGUUUGGUUUGAAUCAGCUUGUUUAGCUGUCUUAUUUUGCUCUAUAAUUAUAAUCUUUGUUGUCUUCAAAUAAUUUUUAAAUAAAAAGAUUCACAAUAGCACUUAGCAAAGAGAAGGGACAAUGUUUAAAACAAGGGGUUACCAAGGGGUUAUUACAGUACAUUUAUUUAUUAGGAAUUGGAGGCAGAACUGAGGAGAGAAGCAAUUAAACACUGUUGACAUUAAAAACAUUUUUAAAACAUAUUGUACUAUAUGCCAUUAAAAGUCACCCUAAGACAUAUUUAAGUAUAUUCACCUCAGGUGGUAAAUAGUUAAAAUAACUUGGUUUCUUACUGAGAUGAAAGUCUUACAAACUUCAGUGAACAGUCAUAUGCAAACAAUUGCAAAUUCCUGAAUGCACCAUAGUGUAUAUAUGAAAAUAAUAGACAUAAUUACAAUAUUUUUUUAAAUAACAAUCUUUUUAUUUUUUGCAUAAUGUAAAAUUUUAAUAAACCUCUUCAACACAGAAAGUCCCCUGUCUAUCCUAUUUACUUUCAAACAUGUCUAAUUGAGAAUAAAGUAAUAAUUGACUAUACUUGCCUAGCCUUAAUUUAUCUUGGAUUCACCAUCUCCCUUUCUGACUUUUCUUUCUUCUAUGACUACAGAAUUUCAAUGUAGUGGUUAUUUAAAAAGAGAGAUUAAAAAAAAAAAACAACCAGAAACUAUCCAAGAUAGAGUAUGCUUUAAACACAUUUUUCUGGAAGGAACUCUGAUUUUAACUGGCAGGGUUUGAUUAAGGUCCUCCACUUAGUAACAGAUAUUCAGGAGCAAAAAUUCACACCUUAGAGGAUCGAGAGGGGAGUAGCAAAGAAGAGCAUCUGUUUAAUGUAUGCCCUUACAUUUAAGGCAUCUGUUUAAGGCAUGCCCCGCAGUCCUUACACUCUCAUUUGGGUAACUUUCUUGCAACAAAGUCUAUUCAAGACUGGCCAUCCUGUAACAAAUUUUUACAUCUUCAUUACAAUAAGCACUUGUUCAAGGGCAGUUUCUUUGUCUCUAUUGAGCAACAUAGUAGAUAUGUAAUUCCAUUUACCAUUAUUAUAUCUUAAAAUAAAAGACAUGAAGCAUCAAUUCCUACCCAUUCUCCAUGUUUUUAAAUAAUGGUGGUGACAGUUAACAAAAUCUCUCAUACACAUGUGUUCUUAAGAAUUUAUGUUGAUUUGAUUUUCAGUCCAUGCCCUGAUGGUCACUGAAGUGGUAACAAAAGCUGACAUGUACCACAUUAAAUCGCAAGUAGGGGAUUUGAUUAAAAUAUGUUUCUUCUAUACAGCAUUUGUUUUUUAAAAAUCUCUGCACCUAAAAACAAAGCAUGAAAGGAAAAAAAUGUUUAUAGCUGACUUUUUCUUCAACAUGCUAGUGUUGCAUGCAGGAAUAUUCAAAUUUAUAUGCCCCCAUUUGCAAUUUGAAGUCCAAGUGAUUGCACUCUGUGAAAAUAGACAUAUAUCAUCAAUGUCCCAAUCCAUUGAUAAAAUACUACAAUCUAUAUAGCAUUUUGAAACCAAGAAAUGUUUUAGUACUAAAUACUGUACAUCUUAUAAUAAAGUAAUCUUAUACGACUUGAUGUAAUAUAUCUAGAUUACUGGGUUCAGUUUAUACUUCAGGAAUGAUCAGCAGUCAAAAUAUAGUAUCUACUAUCUUUGAGCAUCUAAAUUGUUAAGAUUCUGCUCAGUUGUUGAAUUUUGACUCCCUAUUUCUAAAAUCUUGAUUGAAUAAAACUCAGUAAUUUCUUUUAAUGUAUCUCAAUUGCACACAGUGUUGUGUCUUCUGUAUUUAAUUUCAGAGCAUGCCUACAGACAGGCGCUAUGAACUGUAUGUCUCGAUGAGCUGUGCAUAGUUCAUAUGUUGUCCUUUAACAUGUUAAUAUCUUUAGCCCCUGUGUCAUUUAUAUUGGGUGGGAAUCAUGCACAUACACAGAGACAACAUUUCCCAUGCACCCCAGUCAGUGUAGCAAGUGGUGGAGAAUUCUGGGAGUUGCAAUCCAACAUGUGGAGGAUUGCACUUUGCCCAUUCUGAUUACCAUCUUUCAAAGUGCCCCUGUUCCAAAUUGAUUGUGUAAAUGCAGCAUACACCUAGCUGGGUAUGUCCUGACCCAAGAAUGCUGUGAUCAGCCUUGGAAAAUAAAUGUGCCAUUGUCCAACAAAAUGCACUUAGCCUUAAUUAAAAGAGAAUGAACAGUAAGGUGGAAUAUUUCAUAUGUUUCAUCCUCGAGCUUCUGCCUCUGGUGUUUGCUGUAACUAAACAAUUAAUUUUAAUUGCUACCAGAAUGUGUAACAAUUUUUAAAAGUUAAAUAUGAAUUCCACAAUCUCAGUUUUAAUUUUAGUGCAAUAUUUUCAUGUAACGCAUGUGUAUUUGAAUAACUGUAAAAGACAAAAGAAAAGAAGGAGGAGAGCAUUUUAAAGGUAUUGAGAUGAAAGGUGUAAACUGUCUUAACCAACAAUAUAUAUUCUGUUAUUGCUACUGUGUUGGCUUAUCUAAGGACUUGUUUUAAAAGUCUGGUUUGUCACUCCCUGUAAAUCCGACUUCACUGUGCUCACAUGAGCAUGGUUCUUACAUUACAAGGAGCAAAACCUAAAGAGCACAUCUUAAUAUAGUUGUUAAGUAAAUGACUUAUGCAUAUCAUUGUACAGUAUGUGUCAACUGUGUGCCUAAUGGUUAUUUCAUUAUUUCUCCCCUUUUCUUUAACAAAGAAUGAAAACAAAUUUGGAAUGCCAUGGUCUCUUUCUCUCUUUUUGAUCAGCUAAGAACUCUAGGUUUUUAUUUGGAGCUUGCUUUAUGUUGUUCAACAAGAAAGCUCAGAAAAGUACACUAAUAAAGUAUUAACAAGAAA